GGCCGUGGCUGGAAAAUGGCGGCGGGAAUGGGCCGGAGUUGAACCUCGCCGGUCGCCUGGCGGAGUCUGUGGGGCGGGCGGCUGUGCCGGCCGUGAGGUCCUGAGGCCUAGUGAAGCGCCAAGGAGGAAGUCCCUAGGGAGAGGCCGGAGGGCAGCCCGAGGUGGCAGGCGGCAGCCGGGCACCGGGAGUGCGGUUUGGGGGGAACAAGUGCAGAACAGGAUAAUCGGUUCAGCAACAAACAGAAGAAACUACUGAAGCAGCUGAAAUUUGCAGAAUGCCUAGAAAAAAAGGUGGACAUGAGCAAAGUAAAUUUGGAGGUUAUAAAGCCUUGGAUAACAAAACGAGUCACUGAAAUCCUUGGAUUUGAAGAUGAUGUUGUGAUUGAGUUUAUAUUCAACCAGCUGGAAGUGAAGAAUCCAGACUCCAAAAUGAUGCAAAUCAACCUGACUGGGUUUUUGAAUGGAAAAAAUGCUAGAGAAUUUAUGGGAGAACUGUGGCCCCUGCUGUUAAGUGCACAGGAGAACAUCGCGGGGAUCCCUUCUGCUUUCCUGGAGUUGAAGAAAGAAGAAAUAAAGCAGAGACAAAUUGAACAAGAAAAAUUGGCGUCUCUGAAAAAGCAAGAUGAAGACAAAGAUAAGAGGGAUAAGGAAGAGAAAGAAAGCAGCCGAGAGAAAAGGGAGCGCUCUCGCAGCCCCAGAAGACGCAAAUCCAGAUCUCCUUCCCCUAGAAGACGAUCUUCCCCUGUCAGGAGAGAGAGAAAGCGCAGUCAUUCUCGAUCUCCCCGUCACAGAACCAAGAGCCGGAGUCCUUCCCCUGCCCCAGAAAAGAAGGAAAAGACUCCAGAGCUCCCAGAACCUUCAGUGAAAAUGAAAGACUCAUCGGUACAGGAGGCUACCUCCACCAGCGACAUCUUGAAAGCUCCUAAGCCUGAACCUGUACCAGAACCUAAAGAACCUUCUCCGGAAAAAAAUUCUAAAAAGGAAAAGGAAAAGACUCGACCAAGAUCUCGGUCACGUUCCAAGUCAAGAUCACGAACACGAUCUCGAUCUCCUUCUCAUAACAGACCAAGACGGCGACACAGAUCCCGAUCAAGAUCAUACUCACCUAGAAGACGACCAAGCCCAAGAAGGCGACCAUCUCCUCGAAGAAGAACACCACCAAGGCGGAUGCCUCCUCCCCCAAGGCACAGGAGGAGCCGGUCUCCAGGGAGACGAAGAAGGCGCUCAUCAGCAUCCUUGUCUGGAAGUAGCUCUUCAUCCUCUUCGUCUCAUUCUCGGUCACCACCAAAGAAGCCUCCUAAGAGGACAUCCAGCCCCCCUCGAAAAACCCGUAGGUUGUCUCCUUCAGCGAGCCCUCCAAGGCGAAGGCACAGGCCAUCACCUCCAGCAACUCCACCACCCAAACCUCGGCAUUCCCCAACCCCCCAACAAUCAAACCGUACGAGAAAAAGUCGAGUUUCUGUGUCUCCAGGGAGAACUUCAGGUAAAGUGACAAAGCAUAAAGGCACUGAGAAAAGAGAGUCACCUUCACCAGCACCGAAGCCUAGAAAAGUAGAAUUAUCUGAAUCAGAAGAAGACAAGGGCGGCAAAAUGGCUGCGGCUGAUUCUGUGCAGCAGAGACGCCAGUACAGACGACAGAACCAGCAGUCUUCAACUGAUUCUGGCUCCUCUUCCACCUCAGAAGAUGAGCGACCCAAGAGAUCCCAUGUGAAAAAUGGUGAGGUGGGCAGGCGGCGAAGACAUUCACCUUCACGGAGUGCUUCUCCAUCACCACGGAAGCGCCAAAAAGAGACUUCCCCUCGGAUGCAGAUGGGAAAACGAUGGCAGUCGCCUGUGACUAAAAGUGGUAGAAGGAGGAGAAGUCCCUCCCCACCACCUGCCAGAAGGCGACGGUCUCCCUCUCCAGCGCCACCCCCACCACCGCCACCUCCUCCUCCUCGGCGACGCAGAUCUCCAACCCCACCACCACGACGAAGGACUCCUUCCCCUCCCCCACGCCGGCGCUCACCUUCCCCAAGAAGAUACUCUCCUCCCAUCCAGAGAAGAUACUCUCCUUCUCCACCUCCAAAGAGAAGAACAGCCUCGCCCCCACCCCCGCCCAAGCGAAGGGCCUCGCCAUCGCCUCCACCAAAGCGCCGGGUCUCCCAUUCUCCACCUCCCAAACAAAGAAGCCCCCCAGUCGCCAAGAGACGCUCACCCUCCUUAUCUUCAAAGCAUAGGAAAGGGUCUUCCCCAAGCCGCUCUGCCCGGGACACCCGGUCACCACAACCAAACAAACGGCAUUCUCCCUCACCACGGCCUCGAGCUCCUCAGACCUCAAGUCCUCCCCCUGUUCGAAGAGGAGCAUCUGCAUCACCCCAAAGAAGGCAGUCCCCAUCUCCAAGUACUAGGCCUAUUAGGAGAGUCUCCAGGACUCCGGAGCCUAAAAAGAUAAAAAAGGCUGCCUCACCAAGUCCUCAGUCUAUAAGAAGGGUUUCAUCCUCCCGUUCUGUCUCCGGAUCUCCUGAGCCAGCUGCUAAAAAGCCUCCAGCACCUCCAUCUCCUGUCCAGUCUCAGUCACCCUCCACAAACUGGUCACCUGCAGUACCAGUCAAGAAGGCUAAAAGCCCAACACCAAGCCCAUCCCCUGCCAGGAAUUCGGAUCAAGAAGGAGGUGGGAAGAAAAAGAAGAAAAAGAAGGACAAGAAACACAAAAAGGAUAAGAAACACAAGAAGCACAAAAAACACAAGAAGGAGAAGACCGUGGCUGUAGCUGCCACAGCUCCUGUCACUCCUGCAGCUGUUUCUGCUGCCACAACCACAUCAGCACAGGAAGAGCCUGAGGCAGCACCAGAGCCCAGGAAGGAGACUGAAAGUGAAGCUGAAGACAACCUUGAUGACUUAGAAAAGCACCUGCGGGAAAAGGCCCUGCGAUCCAUGCGGAAGGCUCAAGUGUCCCCACAGUCUUAGGUGGAGAUGUUUGUUAUGAUGUAAAUUUUAUUUGGUUUGUACUCAAUUCAAUUUCAAAAUUGCUAAAAUGUGUUUGAGCUUUAGACUAUAACAUUUGUUGUAAUAAUUGCUAGGUUGAAGUUCACCAUGUUUAAAAAAAGGGGGCAUGGAUUUACAUUGCAAAAGGUGUCCACAGUGUAUUAGUGACAUUCUUCCAUUGACAGCUGACAUUAAUUCAUUUAGAGUGAAAUCUUUUAAGCCAAAAAAAUCUCUUUUUUAAAAAAGGGGGUUUAAAUAUCGUUGGCAUUCUUACAAUUCCUUUAAAUGCCCUUGCCUAUUUCCAGAGAUUUUCUCUCUUUUUCCUUUUACUUUCUCUUACUUGAGUCUUACACCCGUGUAAAUUAUGCUUCCAACCUUGUAUGGUUUGUAAGCGUGCCCAGAAGUGAGACCACUGCUGGAAGUUCCACAGUGUAAAUGACUAUUUUAAUGCCGCAAGCUUUCCUGUUGCCUGUGGAGUCUGCUAAAAAUCAGGAUUCAAGUUCUGUAGAGAGACAGAACAGUGGCAGCAUGCUGUUUGCCAGGACACUGGGGGUUUAUAUUGAAUGUGACAGCUAAGUUGAUUUGGAACACUGGAAUUUUGUCCUAUUCUGUUUGGGUUUUUUUCUUCCUUUCCCCAUCUUUUUUUCUUCCUCUUUUGUAAAGGCAAUUAACCAGUUCCAGGAAGGAUCCUUCAGUUAUAUAAAACUUUGUUCUAUGAACUGUCACGACUCCCAUUCUUGUUUUUUUCUUAAUCUUCCAAUUGGUAUACACAACUUUAAGAGCUCUUGCAUUUGGAAGGCUGAAAGGGCCUGGACUUUGAAAUAGUGUCUUGGUUUCACUGUUUUUAUUUUUAUUUUUUUUUUAAACUAAAGCUAUACAAAGCUUGUGGAUUAAAUAAAAUAAAUUUCUAAAUUUAA